AUGGAGCAGCCACGCUGGACGAGCUCGCGUGUGGCGAACCGACGCGUCACGCAGUCGUCCACUCCCGCUUCCGCAUCCGCAUCCGCACGGCCAGGUGCCACGUCAGCACCGUCGACGAGCGGGGCCGCGCAGAGUCGAUGGGCUCCAUCUUCCUCCUCUUCCACAUGGCGCACGCAACCUCCCGCACCAGCGCCACGAGUCAACAGCGAUACACGCGUAUCCAACAGUGCUACAGGCGCAUCUAGCUCACGCUGGGCACGUACAUCCGCGCCAUCGGACCACGACAUGGCUGCCCUCACGGCGACACUCGGCAGCACAUUGAUCCGCGACUCUGGUCGACGGGACGGGCUUCAUGUGCGCGACACCACUCGUCCGCUGGGCGGCAAGACUUUGGACCGGCUGGCGCUGCUAGCGUCCCCGUCGCGCGGCCUCGACUCGUCCGCGUCGAUCUCGAGCGAGCUGGCGUCGCAGGGGAGUAUGGACCUCACCUCUGCGUCUGUUCAGGCCGAACUGCGGGGCUACAUCGGUGACCGAAUCACCACACGCGUACUGCCGUUGCUAUCUGCGCACGUGCCGCCACUUGCGGUGCUGGAUUCGGCGACGUACCUCGGUGCAGCCCGAGCAAGCGCUGCGGAAAAGACAGCGGCGGAUGAGGAGUUGGGACAACUCAUGCUGCAGACGCGCAAGCUGCGCGAGGCGGUGGUGGCGAGUCAGCGAGUCGACGCUUUUGCAGUUGACGUGUACGAGCUCUCAACAUACAUGGCGCUGCUGUGUGCGGAUGUGCCCCAGCUAGCCGCCACGCUGCCGCGGCUCGUCACGGAGCUGUACCCGCGCAUGGAGCCGCAGGACUGCCCCGGUGCAAGCGGUGUGCGCGAGCUGGCAACGAGGCUGGGCUUGGAGAUGUACGAUGCAGCGGAGCGCAGGAUGAGGAUGUGCUCGGUGUAUUUGUUGUAUGUGCUGUGUCUGUCCGGCCGCGCGGUGCGGUUGGGACAGUAUGCACAGGAUGCUGCGGGGGGAACACAGCAUGGUCUGCGCGAGUACAGGCUGCUGCGUUCCAAGCUUCUAGCUCGGUAUCCCGACUUGGAGCCGCACGUGCGAUUCUGCGAUCGGGUAUAUACGGCGCUGCGCGGGGCGGACCCGCUGCAGCUCGCACGCAUACUCCGCGGAAACGAUGCAGAGUACAGGAUGGACGGAUGGCAGAGGAUGUUGGUGCUGCAUGCUGUGCCUGCCGUGCGCGCUGCGGCAUGGCAAGUGGCCACCAAGGCGUACAUGCACCUACCCGUCUCGUCCCACUUGGCUGGCAUCAUCAGUCCCGACGCCGUGGCACAACCCAGCCCACAGACGGCACACGAGUCGCACCUAGCUUCCCUCCUGCUACUGCAGACCGACAUCCUUCCGCCCGCUUCACCGCCGAUGCCCGCGUUCACCGCUUCCUCACAUCGCACAUCCCCACGCUUGCAUCACGUCUAA